AUGGCGCACCAAUCUUUGAGCACACACGGUCAAGAAACUACAUCUGAUCAACAACGACAAAACGGAGGCUAUAUCGACCCCUUCCAGCGUUUCAACGCGCAAAAUGUUGGAGGUCCGUCCUCGGUCCAGCCGCCGUUUCUGCUGCCCGAGAUGCUCUCUCUUCAAGGUGCCGAGAUUUCAACAUUCCCCUGUGUGGACACGUCGAACACUGGUUCCUCCUACUUGGCGCCAGUGGAAGAUGCCGUCCUGAACACAUACGUCGAACCGUCACAGUUACAGCUAUGCGAGUGGGAUCAAGUUCCACCGUGCCCAGUGGAAGGUUAUCUGACUUCGGCCUUGGGACUUCAAAACAAGCCCGGUUUAGUUGCAGCGUUGUCUCCAGCAGUAGAGGUCAGUGACAGGGAAGAUUGCUCCACACAAUCAUGCUCUCCAUUACACAGUUCAGCCAAUUCUUCGGAAACAGAGGCAAGGCAGGCCAGAUCUCAGAAACGUCGGGCAGCACCACCCCCCCUUAGCGAGGACGAAUCAGCACGACUUAAAGCUAAGCAGUACCACUCAGCUGUUGAACGUCGAUACCGUGACAACCUGAAGGAGAAAAUGGAGCAGCUCAAUCGCACUCUCGAAUCCACAUCGCGGUCAACGGGGUUCUUAUUCUGGGACCAUUCAUCCUCUUCCGGGCGCCGCACCAAGGUGCGUAAAUCGGACAUCAUCACCAAGGCCAUAAAUUACGUUCACCAGUCGGAACUGGAGAUACGGCAUAUGACCGACGAGAUCCAUCGUUUGGAAGAUCGGAUUCAAACUCUCGAAAAGUUCGUCAAAUGCGAAGACCGCUCCUUGCUCCAGAAUAUGAUCCGAGUACAGCUGCAGCGGCAGCCAUAA